AUGGCUGUUGCUGAUCAAGAAACCAUUCGCGCCAACUGGCGAGUAUUCGUCGCGUGUGCCGUCGUCACCCUCUCCUCGUUCCAAUAUGGAGUCGAUUUUGGACUCAUCGGCGGUUUGCAGGCCAUGCAGGGCUUUCUGGAGAUCUUUGGCUUCAGGGCCCCCAACACCCCACUGGGCUGGAAUCUCACCACCGAGAGACAGCAACUUAUUUCGUCCCUCAUGACUCUCGGUGCCUUUAUCAGCUCCGGCGGCGCUGGAUUCCUAGCCAUUAAGCUUGGUCGGAAGCAUUGCAUAUGGCUCUCUUGCUUGCUCUGCGCUGUAUCUAACAUUAUUAUGAUGACCACGGAGAGCAUCGAAGCUUUGUAUGCUGGACGGUUCAUCAAUGGGUUGGCAAAUGGCGGCUUCAUGACCUUCGCCCAGCUGUACAUCCAAGAGAGUAGCCCGGCUAAGUACCGUGGCCUUUUCCUUACGACAUUCCAGUUUGGUACCUCCUUCGGAACCCUUAUUGGUACAAUCGUGGACUGGGCGACUUCCAAGAGGCCCGGAAAAUCCGCCUACCUCAUCCCUCUAGGCAUAAUUUACAUUGUUCCCUCCAUCAUCACAGUUGGGUUGUUUUUCAUCCCUGAAUCUCCACGUUGGCUCCUCUUGAAGGGGCGCCGCGAGGAGGGUGUUAAGUCGCUCGCGCGGUUGAGACCUGACGGCGCCGAUGUUGAAGAUGAGGCUUCAGUCAUCUGUGCCGCUAUUCUUAAGGAGCAGGAACUCGCCAGCAGUGUCGGUUUCCUCGAUGUUUUCCGGAACCCAAUCGAUCGACGAAGGACUAUUAUUGCAGUUUGUGGCGUAACCUCUCAGGCGGCCACGGGUUCCAUGUUCAUCAUCGCAUACAAGGCAUACUUUUUCGGCAUGGCCAAGGUUGCUGACCCAUUCGCAAUGAGCUGUGUCCUCAGCACCAUCGGCUUGCUCGCUCUUGUCAUGAACUCUCUCGUUGUCGUCCGUUACGGUCGCCGUCGUGUCAUGCUCAUGUCUGGUCUUACAUUGUGUGGUAUCCUCCAAUUGAUCAUCGCCAUCACCUAUGAUAAGAAUCCUGGCACCAAAGUUACCGGAAAGGUGCUUGUCGCCCUUUCUUGUCUAUACAUGAUGAGCUACAACGGAAUGGUUGCGCCCUAUGCCUGGCUUACUGGUGGAGAGAUGCCAUCCCAGCGCCUACGUAGUUUCACUUUCGGCAUCUCAGCCGCAGUUGGUUUCUUUAUGGCAUGGCUCACCCAGUUCACUGCCCCUUACUUCAUCAAUCCAUCCGCUUUGAACUGGGGCCCACGAUACGGCUACAUUUGGUUUCCCGCUUCCAUCGUUACCGCCGUCUGGGUCUUCUUCUUCUUACCCGAGGUCAAGGGCAGAACUUUGGAGGAGGUCGAUGAGAUGUUCGAGGCCAAGAUCCCUGCUCGCAAGUUCCGCCAAUACGUUUGUGUUGGCCCGCUUGGUGCCGCUGAGAUGAAACUUAGCAGAGUCAACACCCAGGAACAGGUCAAAGGAGAAGAGCACAUAGAGGACAAGGAGGUAGCGGAGUCAACAGCCGUCCAAAAGUGA